AUGAGACAAUUACGUGUUAAAUCAGAAUUAUGUCUUGAUCAACGUAUUAUUUCAAUAUGUGAAGAUAGUUAUAGUUUUUCUAAUGAAGAAACACAAUUAUUUCAACCAGGAUGGACAACAAAUGAAACAAUACAAUAUGGAGCAUAUGGUUCAUCGAUUAUAGAUGCAUUUAACUAUUCUACGAGUGAUGAACUGGAUACAUAUACAUAUGUAGGUGAAUUUGGAACAUAUAGAGGAGGUGGUUAUGUAUAUGAAUUUCGUAGUUCUUUAUCUGAUUUCAAAACAAAUUUAUCUGAACUUCAUCAAUUAGGUUGGAUUGAUGAAAAAACAAGAGCUAUUUUUAUUCAACUAACAUUAUAUAAUCCGAGUGUUCAAUUACUUACUGCAGUUACUUUACUUGCUGAAUUUUUACCAACAAGUGGUGUUUUUACAACAGCCCAUUUCGAACCAAUUGAUUUUUACAAAUUAAGAUUAAAAUAUUUUUAUCAAUUUUGGUCAUUAAUUCAAUUAGGUAUUAUUGGUUGUUCAUUAGGAAGUAUUGGAGUUUAUUUUUGGCGUUUUCAAGAAACUAAUCGUAUAAGUCAAUUAUUUGAACAAACAAAUGGUUAUAUUUAUAUUAAUUUACAAGUUGCAGUUUAUGUUAAUGAUAUUUUAACAUUUCUUCUUGGUUUUUGUUGUUUUUUUAGUAUGAUUAAAUUUGUUCAAUUAUUUCGUUUUAAUCAACGAAUAUCUUUAUUUGCUGAAACAUUAAAAUCUUGUGCAAAGAAAGUGAUUUCAUUUUCAAUAAUGUUUGCAAUUGUAUUUAUGUCAUUUGUUAGUUUAUUUUAUUUGUUAUUUGUAUCAAAACUUUCGUCGUGUUCAAGUUUGUUAACAACUAUUCAAAUGAUUUUUGAAAUGACAUUAAGGAAACUUGAUACAUCAGAAAUAAUUGAAGCUGAUGCUUUUCUUGGCCCAAUUUGUCUCGCAUUAUUUGUGUUGCUUGUUGUUUUUGUUUGUUCAAGUAUGUUUAUGUCAAUUAUUAUUGAUAGUUUUCAUCAUGUAAAAGAAAAUCAUAAGGAAGAUCAAAUUACGUUAUCAUUUAUGCUAAAGAAAUUUUUACGAUGGACAGGUUUGAAAAGAUUAAAUGAAUUAGAAAUUCAAGAAGAACGAGAUUGUCGAAUGCGUUCACAAUAUUUUGAUCCAAUUGAAAAUUUUCCUGAUAAAAUGGAUCAAUUUCUAGAAGCAGUUAACAAAAUUUACGUUAAUCAAAAAAUCGAAUUGUCAAGACUAGAAAAAGCUGGACUCUAA